AUGGCCACAGCAGUUGACCAGAAACUGCUUCGGCAGACCAAGUUUCCCCCCGAAUUCAACCAGAAGGUUGACAUGAAGAAGGUCAACAUCGAGGUCAUGAAAAAAUGGAUUGCAGGCAAGAUCUCCGAAAUACUUGGCUCCGAGGAUGACGUGGUUAUCGAGCUUUGCUUCAACUUGCUCGAGGGUUCGCGUUUCCCUGACAUCAAAGCGCUCCAAAUCUCGCUCACCGGAUUUCUUGACAAGGAUACCCCCAAAUUCUGCAAGGAAUUGUGGAACUUGUGCCUGAGUGCGCAGUCAAAUCCGCAGGGUGUUCCGAAGGAAUUACUCGAAGCCAAGAAGUUGGAACUGAUACAAGAAAAGAUCGACGCCGAGAAAGCCGCUUUGGAGGCUAAAAACAAAAGAGACCAGGAACAAGCUCAGGAGCGGGAUAUCGAUUCCAUUCGACAGCGCGAGCGGGCCGAGCGUGGCCGUGGUCGCCGCGGUGGCGGUCGUGGCGGACGAGGAUAUGACACGCGACCUCCGAGAUACUCGAGGUCUCCUCCACGUCGCAGAAGGCAGAGGUGGUCGGGACACUGGCCGAGGACGUUCGUUGACCAGGUCUCCCUCGUCUCCACCGUCUCGCUCGCCUUCGUCGCCGCGUUCGCGUCGUGCUGGCCGAUCCGCGUCAAAAUCCAGAUCCACAUCGAGAUCCAGAUCCAGGUCGAAGACAGCGCCAUAUUCACGGAGCCCAUCACCGGCACCCAGAACAGCACGGGAUUCAAGAAGCAAGAGUCGAUCCAAGUCACCUGCGCGGAGGGGAGCAGGCAGGCUAAGAAGAACAAGUUCCGAAUCACCCGGUGA